AUGGGCGGGCGUCACUUCGGAGAUAAUCCGAGUGAUUGUUUUUCGAUACAUCGCGCCAGGGAAACUAACUACUUCCGUUUUCUUGCGAAUCUUGCUUUCCGAUUACUACUACUACUACUACAUCCUGCACGUCACUCAUCUGAUGGCUCAUUUAACUGGCUUAUUAUGUUGUGUGAACGAUGCUUGGUGCUGCUGCUGCAUAUGGGUGAUGCCUUCGAUAUCUGGACCGAUGGAAGCUUUUUUUGCUACUGGGAUUUAUGCGCUGCUGCACCAGGCUGUGAACAUGAGUACUUUACAAUGGAAAAUGUACUCGAUUUACUAGUACAGUUACUGGAACAGGCCAGCUGCAAGGGAUAUCUGGAUGAGGAUGCAGAGGCUCAACUGCUCGACCAUAUGCUUUAUUUUCCAUUGUGUGAUGAACCAGAUGUCAUUACAACCGAUCCAUUUUGUUUGAAAAUAGUGGCCACAUGUGUUUCUGGACGUAAGACUGCUAUACAAGUAGUGUAUCGUAUUUUGCGCUCUAUCGACACUGAAGCCAGCAACAGCGUACCGCAGAACUCCCCGUUUUGGCUUCUGAAAUACACUGAAGCCAGCAGCAGCGUACCGCAGAACUCCCCGUUUUGGCUUUUGAAAUGUAUUUUGGAAUCGCUUGGCUCUGAAGAGUUGAAGAAAGCGGCCGGAUUUGCGAUACAGAUGCUGUAUGAUGCUCUGAAAAGGUUACGCCAAUUCGAUUUUUGA